UUGAAAUAUGCCACUGGGAGUGAACUUCCAAUGAUCUUCUGUUCUCAGUGAUCAACGGGUUUGGGAGGAGUCACACCGGUGGGAAAGCCAUGCCUAGCAGGAGUUGUCCCGCUCCUUCCUCAUUGACCGCGCUGCUCUGUGCCGUAUGGUGGCGGUGGCUCUGGAGGAUCACACCCCGCCGAGUGAAGCACUCAGCCCGGGCCUGGAGUCCGUGUGGCCUCGCGUCUCCUUUCUUCGCAGGUUGGAAGUGGAGGGUGCACAAAGGAGUUGUAGCCCGAUCUGAGGAAUGUGACGCGCCGACGGGAAGGGAACGCUUGCACAUCGGCGGUUUCACCGGGGAGAGAGAUAGUCUACACAUCGGUACAAAGAGAGGAGACAAGUUCUGCCGCAAAGUUACGAGGCCCUGACCUUUGACCCCACCCCUCUCUCCAACCAUGGCACAUCGAUCUCAGAGUUCAUCGAUUGGCGAUAACCCCCUCGACCCAAACUACCUGCCCCCACAUUACCGUGAGGAGUACCGUCUAGCUAUUGAUGCUCUGAUAGAAAAUGACAUACAGGGUUACUAUGAGUUCCUCCAGUCCGCGGAUGUGGUCGGUUUCCUGGCACAGUCGGAAAUUGAAUUCAUUAAGUCAACAAUCCAGACGCCCAACCAGACCUCCAGCGUCCCAGAGCUGACAUACCAUGAGGGACGUCAGGAUGCUGAUGGCUCCUCCGACACCUACUGGCCGAUGCAGUCUGACCUGGCUGCCCCGGGGCUGGACCUGGGCUGGCCACUGCCACAGCAAAGCUUCAUGGGGCCCACAGAGGUCACCACUCUAGUCAACCCCUCCGACCCAGACAUGCCAAGCAUCAAGCAGCAGGCCAGGAGACUCAUUAAGAAUGCACGCCAGGUUAUUGCUGUGGUGAUGGACAAGUUUACAGAUGUUGACCUUUUUGCGGACCUCUUGGACGCAGCAGCACGCCACGUUCCUGUUUAUAUUCUACUGGAUGAGCAGGAAGUCCAUCACUUUGUCUCUAUGGUCUUCAACUGCAAAGUCAACUUGGACCAACAUCCUAUGUUGCGUGUCAGGACUGUGGCAGGAAUAACCUAUUAUUCCCGUACGGGGAAAUCAUUUAAGGGGCAGGUGAAAGAUCGUUUCCUACUGGCUGACUGCAAAGCUGUACUCAGUGGCAACUACAGUUUCAUGUGGUCCUAUGAGAAGAUCCACCGCUGCAUCGCCCACCUCUUCCUCGGGGAGCUGGUUUCCACCUUUGAUGAAGAGUUUCGCAUUCUCUUUGCUCAGUCAGAGCCUUUAGUUAUUGACCCAUCUGAUGGAGCACUUGCUCUCUCUGACUCCAGCAGUUACUUAGGCAACCAGUUCGGUUUAAAGAGGACCCAGUCUUUGCGUAAUCCCACAGGUUACCGAAGGCAGCUUGAGAUUCCCUCUGCCUUCUCUUAUGGAGACGCUGAUCGUAACCUUGCCCUUCCUUUCCGGAGGAACGAUCCAUUUCGUCACACCAUUGAACCUGGGGCAGGAAUUACAAUAGGAAAGUAUUCCCAGCAACAGUUUCGUCUGCAGCAGUCGUUCCUGGAGCAGGGAAGGUCCAUAGUUUCCAGGCAGAUGGAGAUAAGUACCAGUGGCUUCAAGAGGCACAGCUAUGCAGAGGGAACCCAGGAAAACUACUCCUCUUCGAGGCAAUACAUGAAGCACAGAGUCAUGAAUAAUUUGGAUGAGACAGACUUUCACAGGGAGCAGACCCAAACUAGCCAUUACUACAAUGAAGGGCCUGGGCCGGGUUCUGGCAAGGGACACUACGACAGACUUCGAGGUUGUCCUCCACAACUCUCCAUUGACCAGUAUUCAGAUUCAAGCUUUCGCUCAGAUCGGGAGCCUCCACCUGGAAAGUAUAACCGAGAAUACUUUUCAUCUGAGGACUUGAGAGGACCUGAGGGGUGCCAGGCACCUCCAUUAGCUGGAAGGUAUGGAGGAGAUUCCACCAAUAGGAGACCAACCAUAGGUCAGGCGUAUGCCUGCCAGAGCUCACCCACACAGCCUCACCCUGCAGAGAAGAAACCGUUUGCCAAACAACCUGAUCAGGCGCAUGAUGAAGAUGCAGAUGCUAAGCAAGGCAUGAGAAGUUGGAGAAUCCAUUCCUAUCUUAGCACUUAUGAGGACAGUGGAGAAGAAGGUGUGACUCAACCUUUGGGGCCUGAUGCAUUUGAAGAUCCUCCUCCAUCUCAGCAGCCAUCUGCCACUGAAAACUCAGCUCCCCGCUUUGGAAUAAAGGAGCCACCGAAUGUUCCCCCCAAACCCAGACCAGACAUCUUGAGACCACGGUUUGGAAAGCCCAUACCUUCUGCCCCAACAACAACCAAGGAGUGCAACAGUCAAGGGACUCUGCAGCAAGGGAGGUGGGUUGGAAUGAAAGAGACUCAAGAUCUCUUCCUGUCCAAACAUGAAUCAUUCCGUACACGGGUUAAUCCACUCCUUCAACGUAACUCUCGUCUGCGUUCCUCGCUUAUAUUCUCAUCAUCCAAGGCAGAGAUGCACAGUGGUAGCCUGGGCCUAAAACCAGCCACAGAGGAAGACGAGGAGUUAAACUCAGUGCGCACUUCCUCGAUUGUGGCCCAGAUCCUAGAGAAGAGGAGGUCAUUGUCUCGUGAGCCUUUUGAGUGGAGAAAGAAGGCUGAGGAAAGAGAUAAGGAGAAAGAAAGGGAGAAGGAGAAAGAAAGGGAGGAGAAAGAAAAAGUGGAGAAAGAGCGACAGCAAGAGGAAAGGGGGAUUCAAUUAAAAGAUGAGAUUAAAGCAAAAGAGGAACCUCAGAAAACCAACAAAGAGGUAAAGACGACACCAACUUUUGAGAAAUCUGAUGUCACAACAUCAUUAUCUAUGAACAUGAAUGACCCAGCAAAUAGACUGCAGUAUUUCAAAGACCUGGCGGCCAAAAGAAAAGCCUCAACAAUGGAAACAGAGUUAUCGCUCAAAGCCCCAGAGCCUGCUGAAAAAAAGCCAGACCUUUCUGAUAAACCUCCCCUAAAACCUGCAAUGACUCCAAACAUCCCAACUGUUAGUUCAGCCGAACCUGAACCAAAGAAGAUAGACAUAUCUGCAAAAUUGGCAGAGCUCACUCGCAGAUCUUCAUUUAGUUCCUCAAAACCACCCAUACUAAAGCCUUCUGCAAGCUACCUGAAGCCUUCAGAGACAACUCCACUUCAAAAAGAGGAAAAUGCAUCAGAUGGUCAAAAGAAGGAUAUAUUCAAGUCUCUAAAGCCCCUUCCGUCACCUAAGAUCUUCAGGAAGGAUCCGUUGAAGUUCAAAGGACUAAAUCCCCGUCGGAUCUCCUGUGAUGAAGAGAUUCUGACCACAGACGCUACUGAUGCAGAGAAGAGUGAAAUGAAAAAGAGUCGCUCUCAAAGUUCUUCAACUCUGCCACGUGAUGACUCCAGGGAAGGAUUGCAAAAAGUUAUGGGAUCUAAUACAUCCAUCAACACACUUGGUGAGGGAAAGGGUGAGGGGAAGACACUUGACUUCUUGAAGAAGCAGACGCAGAGGCUAAAGGGAUUACUGGGGCCCAAGGAUAAAGAGAAGAAAUCUUCAGGAGACGAUAGGGGCAUGAGCACGGUCAGAGAGAUCACUGAAGAUAUAAGCAAAAAGCUGAGUUCAUCAGCUAGAGAUAAAGAAUCCACCACUGCCGACCAAAUCACAGCCAAUCACAAAACAUCAACCGGCAUAUCAGGCCCAUCUCGAUACCAGGCCCCGGGCAGCUCUGUUCUGUUCAGUAGCAACCUACGAGAUGACACCAAAGUCAUUCUAGAGCAGAUCUCGGCCAACAGCCAGAAAAACCGACUCGAGCGAGAAGAAACAGGAGGGGAGAAAGAGAGUGACGGUGGGGAGAAGGGGCUGGAGGGACAGAACUCCAUCAAGAAAAAUCUAUUUCUGCGUCCCUCAGGCAACAUCCAGGAGCGGGAGGGAUUGCUGAAGAGGAUGGAGAGUUUGAGGAAGGAAAAGAAGGUCUACAGCCGCUUUGAGAUGGGGAAUAACCUGGGAUAACGAAAGAUGGAGGAGGCACCUUUUAGAUGGGAACUAUUUAUGCAAGAUGAUCAAAAACACCCAUUGCCCAUGUGUGCCAACGACACUCUCAAAGUACUCAACACCAGCCUUUCCUGGAUUUCCACACAAAGUAAUACAACUUGAAAAGACAAUAUAUAAAAAUACUGAAAAUAAACUGAAGUCAUUGGGUUUGGAAUGUGCCUAUGUGCCAAGACCUGGAACUACUGUGACCUUAUAUGGUGACUAAGAGAAAGAAGAGUGAAUCUACUUGCAUUCUGGCUGCAUGGGCCAAUGUUUCACCUAACAGGAAAAAGGUAGGGCAAUUAACAUAAAACUGAACUUGUAUAAACAUGACUGGGGGAGUAAGAGAGAGGAUAAAAGAAAGACAGUACAUAUUGCACCUGAGGGAUGGAAAAUAGAUCCAUGCCAGUUAAAAAAUAUGGCGGUGUAUGACUGCAUGUGUACAAGUGUUGUGUGAUUCUGCAAGUGUCUGUGUAGCUGGGACUUGUUUUAAACUGAAUGGGAGAAAGUGUCUUUGUGGAUUCAUUGUGUGCCAAUGGCCCACCAAGGGUAUUACCAAAGUUAGGACUAUUAUUAACCCAAAACAGAAAGCAAAGAUAAGAAAAUGAAGAGGAAAGGAAUGACAUGAAUAAUUGACAAAGAGUGAAAUGUCUGUGAGAUUAUAGAGAAUGAAGAGUAAGACAAAAUCAGAAUGUGAGAAUGUGUCUAAUUUUAAUGUUGAGGCAGAUUUUCGAUAGAAAGUAGAGUCGUGAACUUUACCCUCUCAAGAGUGUUAUGUGCCUUUCUAUUAAGGGUUUGGACACCCUUCAUAAAGGUUGAAGAUGUCAGAUAACCAUUCAGAGGGGACUGUAGGUUUUCAUGGUUAGAGGAGUUAAGUUAAAAAAUGUAAGUGUACUAGUGUUUGUCUCAUGUAAAUAAAAAUGUAAAGCAUUUAAGUUGCCCUGAAUCACUUUAAAACAAAUGUGCCCCUGUUCCUCUGUAUGUUGACUUCUAAAUAAGUUCACUGCAUAAAGGAAAGGAAGAGAAAAAAGGGAAGCUACAUUUUGCAGUACUGGAGCAGGGCCAUGCCUCCUUUCAUAAGUUACUUCACUUCUGAGACCUACGCCCUACGCAGGACUGCUAACUCCUUUGUUGGUCUGUAAACACUAGCAAACCAAAGAUUUAGUUAUACGGUACAGUUCCCAGGCUGCUUGCUUGACUGGGCAUCAAACCAUUUAUUGUGUUUUUCUUUUUUACAGUACAUCAAAUGAUUGGAGGAUUGAUUGCUAUAUGAACACUUCAGGGGUUACACUGUUUGCUAUAAGGGAUUAUAUUGUACAUAUUAAUAUAAAAAGGGCUUGUUGAUAAACUAAAUGACAAAUUAGAUAGUGAUCACCCUCAGUGUACUAUCAAAGUGCCUCGUGUUUAUUUGUAAUUAAUAUGCAAGUAUGUGGUCUUGGCUGUAAAAACAAAUUGGCAUUAAUUAGGGGGAAAUAAUUUGCACAGGGGUCAACGUGUUCUUUUUUUCUUCUUUUUUUUUUUAAACCUCAGAUAGUAUUACAUUGUAUUUGAAAUACUGCAAAAAAGUUGUUUAUUAAAUCUCUUUCCAACUGAAA